AUGGGUUCCCGAGGAGAUUUGGAAUUCUGGGACACUCUCAGGGCUCUGGCCAGCUUUGGGAAUGCUUCUUCUGGAGCCCGCGAUGGGGUGGUAGCUGAGAUGUGCCGGGCUAUCCCGUACGUGGGUUUGGUAGAGAUCUGGAUCGUGUUCCGCACGUAUAUGAGGACGGGGAGUGGUUCCGGGGAGUUCUGGCAGUUCUUGGAACUCAUAGGUUUGCCGAAAGUUCGGAGGGUCACGGACUUCUCAGAUUUUAGAUUGAUCUGUAAAACGCCUGUGGUGCAGAAGUGGUAUCUUCGGAGUGUCAUGCAGAUCGUGCAGCGGGCGGCCCCGUCGUUCGUUGCACGCGUGUUCGGUUUCUGCCCAGGCAGAUGCACAUUGCAUAUCGUCGACAUCACAACUAAGAUCUUGCGGAUAUCGUACAAAUUCAAGGAGCUCAACGACCUGCUCCGGGACUUCGGCUUCGAGUUGAAGCGGAAGGAGUGUAAGAUCAUGUUGAGUCAGGGGCUGCAGGGGCCCGAAGACGUGCUGCAG